AAAAACACCUCAUGGUCUGUGUGUCCACAAUCGUGAUGUUAUUGUUUAUUAAAUUAUAUUAUAAUUAUAAUUCCUGUCAUUAAAGUGAACACAGUUGGUAAAGUGAAAUGAGCAACAAUACGGUUCAUGAUGUGAUUUCGUCAUGUCAUUUCCAGAAGCUAUUUUUCGCCAUGUGUCGUUUACACACAUUUCCAUGGCAGUCUUUAGAAACUGAACUCCAAACCUCACCUUCAGAAGUCAUUCUGGACAUCCUGAAAAAGACAUGUCUUCAUGCUGUCUGUGGUAAACACCCCCCAUCAGUGAAAUACAGGAGACUCUUCCUAUCAGAAUUAAUAAAAAGACAUGAGGCUACUGCUUUAGAGCCAUUAGAUGAGCUGUAUGAAGCACUAUCUGAUGUCGUGGGUGCUGAAGAGGAGGCAGUGUGUUACAAAACAUACUUUCUGCCUUCAGGGGAGCCGAUGAGUCUAGAAGAGAAUGUAGCAAUGAUCUCAGGAGGCACCACAGGCCUGGUCACAUGGGAGGCCGGACUCUACCUGGCAGAGUGGGCUUUGGAAAACCCAUACUACUUUAACAAAAGGACUGUGCUGGAGCUGGGCAGUGGAGCAGGACUCACUGGUAUAGCAAUCUGUUCAGCUUGCAAACCCAUGAAAUACAUUUUCAGUGACUGUCAUCAAAGCGUGCUACAGAGACUUAAUAAUAACAUCAAGCACAAUGGUUUGACCGAGCAGGAUGAUACAGGAGUAUCGGUGUGUGUGGAAGAACUGGACUGGAAAAACGUGAAGAAAGAAGAACUGCAAAGAAUUGAGGCCGAUAUCAUCGUAGCAGCAGAUGUGGUUUAUGAUCCUGAUAUAAUUGGCUGUCUGGUAAGUCUUCUGGACAAACUUUUGAACUGUAGAACCCAGCAGAAGAGUCCUGAAGUUUACAUUUCUUCAACCGUGCGCAACCCUGAGACAUACAGCUACUUUAAGAAUGAACUGGAAAAGGCUGGUUUAAAACAUGUCAUCAUUACGAAUCCCAUCAUGCAAGUCUUCCCGUACGAUAGAACAUCGUCCAUAGAAAUAAUCAAGGUACAUUGAUAUGGCAAAAUGUUUUGUUUUUUUUGGAAUAAAGUGCUCAUGUACAUUGUAUUUACACGUAGUGUGCUUCUUAUUCUCAUGUUCAAGUUUUGUCCAAUGGAAUUGCUGGAAUGCUGAUGACCUAAAAUGUUUGUUACCCUGUACGAUUAAUGUGACCUGACCUUAUUGUUGUUGGUAUCAAUUUAGCUACUGUUCAGUCACAGUGUUCCUUAAACAGAGGCAGAACAUUUUGGUCCCAGUUCUCAUCCCACCGUUGCUGCCCGCUUUCACGGAGGUUUCUUCGGAAGAGGCUCAGUUUACCCCCGUCGUUGGGGAAUUCUGAAAACAGUAUCUGUGUACAAGUAACACAAAGAUGAAGCACAUACAAAUAGCAGUGAUCUAUAAUUAGAUUUUUUGCUGAUUAAAUUACCUUAAAAUGUAAACAUCAAUUACUUUACAUUUAAGAUUUAUUUAGCUUAGUUUAGUGCUUAUUGAGUAGAUAAAAUAUCAGGAACAAAACUUUGGUUGGCAGUCCUAAAAAGGGCCCAGGUAGAAAGUUAAUGAAAAAGAAUUGAGAGAUAAUUAACACAUUUUAUUUUUUAUUUUUUUUCAAUGCUGUGCUUAUGUCCAGGCAAAGAGGAGGUCAUCCUUUCUUUAUAUGUGUGUUUUGAGAGACCGUAGGUCUCCUGUCUUAAUAAAAAUGUUAAUGGACAUCAAA